AGACGGGACAAGACGGGGCGGGGGCGGGAGGGGCCGGGCCAAGCGCCCGAGUACCGGGUCCCUCCUCUACCAGCGCCUGCGGGAAGGGCGAAGAGAGGCCGCGACAGCUCGGCUCGGCAGCCGCCGCGGCUUAACUCGGGGGAGGCACCGCUGGCAUACAAGUUUCCGCGGUUCUCUAAGUGACAGCAGCAGCGGGUGACCGAUACCGAGCCGUGGAAGGGGCCGCGCCGGCAGGUGCCGAGUCGAGACGAGCGCAGCGUGCCCCGGCGGCGGCGCGGAAGAUGGACAAGCUGAACAAGCUGACCGUGCCGGCCGGGGAGAAGUUCAGGUAGGGUCUGUUCCAACCCCGGGGAGCGGCGCGGGAGCUGCUGCAGACCGGCAGAGGUGGCAGGGAGCCCCUUUCCGCGCUGGAGUUAGGGGAGCCAGAGACCCUGAGGCGCAAGGAAGUUGGCAGAAGUUUUAGAGUAAAGUGGAGUUCACGCUGGCUGCCAGGACGGUACAGGGAAGUGCAGCAGGAAGCUUCAAAAGAUGGUGCAUGACAUCAAGAAAAAUGAAACCGGGAUAAUAAACAAGUUCAAAAAGUUCCAAAAUGAACAAGUGGCCUUAAUUUGCAAAACUGGGAAAGAUACUUGGGAUCGGCUGAAAAAAAAACCUCCACCAAGUCUACCGCAAAGGGAUUAUGCUUCAGAACAUGUGGACAAUGAAGAGGAACAAUGGUCAGAUGAUUUUGACAGUGAUUAUGAAAAUCCAGAUGACCAUUCUGACUCUGAGAUGUAUGUGGUCCCCAGUGAAGAGAAUCCUGAUGACAGCUAUGAACCACCUCCAAGUGAGCAGACGAAAAAGAAGAUUCCCUCUGCGUUCCCUAUUUCUAGGGGUGAAUAUGCAGACAAUCGCACCAGUCACCAGCAGCUUCCUCCCAUCAACAAAACUCUCCCAAGUACACCCAGUCCAGCCACACCCAGACCAAAGAAACCAUCUGUGCCAUCCCUGCCACUGCCGUCUCCUGCAGCAAAACCAAAAGUACCACCGAAGCCUAAGGAGUGUAAUGAUGAUGAGGAUAAUUACAUUGUGCCAGUGGACAAUAACGAUGAUAACUACAUUGAACCCACAGAAAGCAGCAUGUCACCACCUACGAGAUCUCCUGUGAACAGGUUUAUGAAGACAACAAAGACAACCCCCUCCACUCCAAAGCCUUCUCUUACUUCUGAUAUGCAAGAAGUCUAUGAGGUUCCUGAAGAAGAGGAAAAAACAUUACCAGUGCCAGCAACCAGGUUCACCAAGCCACUUCCAUCUAUGCCUCCUCAGAAUAUGGAGCACUCCCACAUGCACAGCACAACCAGAGAGUCACCUAAGCUGGAUACUUCCAGAAAUAUUUUGCCUCUUCCCAGAAAUCGACUUCAUCCCAAAGCAGACCACGAAGCAAACAACAGUGAUAGAAAUCAUAGCUUCAAUAACGCACAAGAAUCCAGAUUUCCCACUGGAGCAGCUCCAUCUCCGUUACCAAGGGGCCUAAAGAAAACUUCUAAUGCAGUAAAUUCACCAAAACCAUGUUUACCUUCCAGAGAGAUCUUAACUGCAAAUGAAGAAAAACCUACAGCAGCAGAACGACGAAGUUCCAGCCAAGAGCUUCCACUUCCACACAUUCCAAGUGGUGCCCAAAAGCCUGUGCUCCAAAAGUCCUCAAUUCUGCCAAAGGUGCCAGAAGCUGCAAACCAUUCUCUGGGUACCUCCCCUCGUAGCAGAAUUUCAUCUAUUUCUAGUAUUGCAGACCAGGAUGCUGCCAUUCAUAGUAAAGCAUGGUAUGCUGCCACCUGUGAUAGGAAAACAGCAGAAGAUGCAUUGUACCGAUCAAACAAGGAUGGAUCUUUUCUAAUAAGAAAGAGUUCUGGACAGGAUUCGCGUCAGCCAUACACACUGGUUGUGUUUUACAACAGAAGAGUAUACAAUAUUCCUAUACGAUUUAUUGAAUCAACAAGACAAUAUGCACUGGGCAGAGAAAAAAGUGGAGAAGAGCGUUUUGACAGCGUUGCUGAAAUAGUAGAGAAUCAUCAGCACACCUCUCUGGUUCUAAUUGACAGCCAGAACAACACAAAAGACUCAACAAAACUGAAGCACAUUGUAAGAGUUUCUUAAGUCUUUCUGAACUGCUACAAUGAAGACUCUUUAAAUCACUUCUUUCAUCACCCCAGAAUAUUUGGACCAGGUAUUAAAAGAGACAAAUCCAAAAUGAUGGAAUGUACUCUUUAAGAGCACCUACCAAGUAGUACAAAAUGUAGUUCAUCAAGCUAAAGGCUACAUGAUGUUCACCAGAAAAGCCUUCAUACUUCAACAUGAGAAGCCAAAGUGGAUCUACUCUCAUCUGUGGUUUCCAUCUGUAACAACACCAGUAUUCAAAGUCACGUGAAGAACUACAUACCACAGAGCCUGGUCCUUUGACUGCUAUUUAAAGGUAGAUUUCCUAUAGGACGUUUUCACUGAAGUGAGAAUACCUACCAUGAUCUACUCUUUCCAUUUGGAACAUUUAUCACAGAUCACUGCUUUCAGCAGUUUCUUUGAAAAGUGCACAUCCCCAGAACUGAAGAGUAACUUGACUUCACCUACUGCUGUGUACAAGCUGAAAAUAGAACUGUACUUCAUGUGAUGAGUGGCAAUAAAGCUGUCUAAAUAUUUUGGAUUAAUGGA